AUGUUGGUAGGUGUAGCAGUUGCAGUUGCAGAAGAAGCUAAAAUUGAUGAAGCCAUUAACUCUCUCCUUAGCCAACCUCAAGCAUACGAGUUUCCUGAGUUCAAGAAGUUUGUGAUACAUUGUAGUUCGCAUGUUGCAGAAACAUGCAGUGAAAGUGAAGCAUUGCAUGAGAGUGGUGGUGGAACAUAUGGCUUAGCUCUUUGUCUUUCGGAUUCUAUGAGAAGGUGUUUGGUGGACCAUGGAGCUUCACUUUCUGAAACAACUCAUCAAGAUUCAUCAGAAGAUCCUAAAUUUUUCCGACCACCACCUGUAAAUGGCGUUCCAGUACCCUUACCACCACCCUUAUCAUCCGCACCUGACGCUGUAGAAGAUGACCAUCAAACUCCUCAAGUCAAAGCCAUACCUGACUCAAUCCGACAUCAUCCACUCUUCAUUGAAACUCUCAAAUUCCAAGCUGUGUUAAGAACCUGCUCCAACGUUAGUGCACGCACUUGUUUCAUUCAUCCUCAUCUAUCAGCUUGUCUCAUUCCAUCCAUGAAUCAAUGUGUAUAUCCCCAUGAAACACCUGAUAAAUUAGCUUAG